UUCACUGAGGCUCAGAGGGACUCCCUGAGAGAAACAUCACUUGCCCGAAUCAUCUGUGACAACACCGGCAUCACUGAAGUACCUGAGAGACCUUUCCUGUUCCGACCUCGGGGUACUGGUUACACCAAGUGUAAGGACAUUCCUGCCUUUGACCUCAGUCCAUGGAUGGAGAAAAAAGGAGGACCCUCACCAAAACAAGGCCCACCUGGACCACGAGGACUACAAGGACCACGAGGACCACAAGGACCACAAGGACCACAAGGACCACAAGGACCACAAGGACUACGAGGACUACGAGGACCACGAGGACCACGAGGACGCAGAGGACCACGUGGUUUCAGAGGCCGCCCUGGACCUCCUUCCAACACGUACAAAGUUGCCUUCUCUGUGCAACUGGAUAACAACCUCGCUCAAGCUGGUAAACCCAUUGUCUUCCCCGUGGAAAUCUACAAUGACCAGAAGAGCUACAACACCAAAACUGGGUAUUUUACUUGUGAGCAGCCAGGUGUUUACGAGUUCUCGUUUUUCUGUGCGAUCCACAUAUUUGAUGCCAAAGUGGAUCUGAUGCGUAACAACAAGCGGGUUCUGCAUUCAUUUACCACCCGGCAAAGCAAUUUCCUCACAGCCAGUGGCGCCACCAUCCUUAAGCUGGAGAAGGGAGACAGGGUGUGGCUGGUGGCUCAACAUGACGGGAAUAGCAUUCUCAAAGACAGCUACUUCUCAGGGCAUUUUUUGUUUGACUAGAGCUGCUACAACUGCUGACCCACAACACCCUCAAAACACUGCAAGAAAUCAGUAGUUUUGCUCUCUUAGUUCUAUAUUUUGCACUUCUUAUAUGCUACUAGCCCAUACAUUAAGAGUUACCUCACUCCAGAACAACAUGACGUCUUAAAAUUGACUUUUUUUGUUGUUGCUGUGAACUGCACUGAAAGAAAGCACAAUCUUUUGAUACCAUAUUACUUUGUUUUACUGUUUUAAAGCUUUAUAUUGAAUGAAGGAAGACGCAUAAUUGCACUGCUAAUGUAGGAGAAUAGGGAAGGAUGACUUUAAUGAAGUACUAAAAUGUGACAAUGUGAAAAUGUAAAAAAACAAACUGAUUUGUUAUAUUUUCUUUUAAAAUAAUCAUUUUAUUGUCUUUUGUAAUGUCAAAAAGUGAUUGCUUUGCAGCCUUUGUUUGACUAAUGAAUGUAAACUAUCAGGUUAACCUUAAAUAAGCUGAAAUUGAAUAAGUAUAAUAACUUUUAACUUUUUUUUUUUUCCUUUUUGGUCAAACCUUUGUUUGUCCAGAGUUUAAGUGUAAGACUUUAAGUCCUUUUAAGUUUGACAAUAAUAAAUGAAUGUUGCACAUGAA